AUGUCCACGUAUACCUCCCUGCGCGACCGCCAAGUAGGUCUGUAUCCCAACACCCAUUCCAAUACAGAUUCGCACUAACUUUCCGAAGCCUCCAUUGAACGCAUUCUCAACCUCAACCAUGCCGCGGCGGAAGACUCCGAUCUUGCGAGGGAAAGCGCAACUUCGAACGGAAUCGCUUCCAAGUCCACGCCCAUCUUGGAUUCCAACGGCGAGCCGAUUUGGAAGGUCUUGGUGUUCGAUAAUCUGGGAAGAGAUGUGAUCAGCAGUGUUCUCAGAGUGAACGACUUGCGAAGUUGGGGCAUCACAAUACAUCUGUACGUGUCUGGCACGCGCCUGGCUACUAGGAGCAUGAGUCGCAGAACGUGCUGAGAGAUAAGCAGCAAUCGCUGACAAUGGCGGGUCAGAAACAUCAAUGGCCAACGGCAUCCAAUUCCAGAUGUCCCAGUCCUCUACCUCGUCGAGCCCACGGCGGCCAAUCUGGAGCACAUCACUCAGGAUCUCCAGAAGGGACUGUAUUCGCCGGCCUAUAUCAACUUUCUCUCCUCUAUACCCCGACCGCUAUUGGAAGAGUUUGCGACACAAACGGCUCAAGCAGGCACUGCGGAGAGCAUCAGUCAGGUCUAUGACCAAUACCUGAACUUCAUUGUCAGCGAACCAAAUCUUUUCAGCUUAGGGAUGGGGAGAGAAACGUACUGGACGAUGAACAGUGCUAAGACUAGCGACGACGACAUAGAUCAAAACGUUGAUCGGAUAGUGAGCGGUCUCUUCAGUGUUGCAGCAACCAUGGGUGGGUCAAUAUCAAUAACAGCUUGGUCGUCAUAGGACUAACGACUAACGCUUUCGAAGGCACUAUCCCAAUCAUCAGAUGUCCAAAAGGUGGUGCCGCCGAGAUGAUUGCAGCUAAGCUGGACCGAAAGCUGCGAGACCACAUUCUCAACUCCAAGGACAACUUGUUUUCUGCAAGCAGGCCCUCGACUGGUCAUGGCGCCGCCUCGUCUUCAAGGCCUGUACUAAUCAUUGUCGAUCGCAACGUCGACCUGGUGCCCAUGCUUUCUCACUCCUGGACAUACCAGUCGUUGAUACACGAUGUGCUGAGCAUGCAUCUCAAUCGAAUUACGGUCGAGACGCCGGCAGACGAGGAGAGUCCAUCAAAAGGCACUGUGAAAAAGUCUUACGACCUCAACCAGAACGACUUCUUCUGGAACAAAAACGCGGGCGUACCCUUUCCACAGGUGGCAGAAGACAUUGACGCGGAGCUCACCAGGUACAAAGACGACGCAGCAGAAGUUACGAAGAAAACAGGCGCGAACUCGAUUGAAGACCUACAGAACGACACGAGUGCUUCAGCACAACAUCUCAAAGCAGCAAUCACACUUUUGCCCGAAUUACGGGAACGGAAGGCUCUUCUUGACAUGCAUAUGAACAUCGCCACUGCUCUUUUGAAAGGAAUCAAAGACCGACAACUCGACAACUUCUUCCAACUCGAAGAAGACAUUAAGAAACAGACGAAAGCUCAGAUGCUAGAGCUACUCAGGGACCCGGAAAAGGGUAAUGAGCCCGCAGACAAGCUGCGCAUCUUCAUCAUCUGGUUCCUCAGUACCGAAACGGACCUCUCAAGAGCAGACAUGGAACAAUUCGAGGACGUCUUGAAGAAGACGGGCGUUGACAUCACCCCCCUCACGUACAUCCGAAAAGUACGCGAGAUUACACGAAUGACGAUGAUCUCCUCCGCGCCAGAGAAACAACCGCAACAGUCGUCAGCUUCCAAUGACCUUUUCCGAGGCUUCAGCUCCAUAUCUUCCCGGUUGACUGAUCGCUUUAAAGAUGCGGGUCUGGGAGCGAACUUUGACAACCUCAUCUCAGGUGUCAAGAACUUUUUGCCCGCCAACAAGGACCUGACCCUGACCAAGAUCACCGAAAGUCUGAUGGAUCCACAGAACGCCUCGACGAGCGCGCUCCAGAAAACCGAGGGUUUCCUUUACUUCGAUCCACGUUCAGCAAAUGCACGAGGCACGAUGCCGCCCAGUGCGAAGGAUUCCCGAUCAGGAAACCAGCAGUCCCGUGGUAUUGAUCCCUCCUUCGGCCAGCGCAGGCAGGGCUUCAGCGAGGCCAUCGUGUUCACUGUUGGGGGCGGCAGUAUGGACGAGUAUGGUAAUCUUCAGGACUGGGCCAAGCGAACGAGCGGUGCAAGCGGUGCUGCGAGCGCGGUAAGCAGGAAGCGAGUAGUAUAUGGCAGCACUGAACUCGUCAACGCUGGGAGCUUUUUGCAGGAGCUGGGCAAGCUGGGCAAAGAGAGUUAG